CAUAACUUUAUCUCCUUCCAACUUAUUAUUCUUAUUAUUCUUUCUCAACAAUGCUCCUGAAAUCCAUAUCAUAGACAGUCGACUCGGCCGUCCUUUCUAUAAUGAUGCGUAUUCAUAUUUUUGAUAUAGGAUAAUAGAGGCGCAAUGUCUCGGAAUGCCGCUCCCUCGCCCUCGGCACCCCGCCGAGGUUCGCCUUGGACUUCGCAUUUGCGGCAUCUCAGCAAGUCCAGCUUCGACAAAUUGCCCGCUGGUUCGCCCACGUCGAUGAACUCCGGCCCUAGCAACCCAGCGCCCCGAGAUUUACCUUCCUCGAAAAGAAUGGACGAACGAGUAUGCAGUGUCACCAUUAACGAGUCCGUCAUUCGUGAUGAGGUUCUCUUGAACCUCGAUCUGUUUGGAGUGGCAAUUCGGCCUGGCGCGUUGAUGUCUAUUGCACCCAUAAAGACAGACCAGGACCGAGCACCAAGUUCUCAAUAUAGCACCUCGAGACAGGCAUCAUAUCACCAAAGACUUGCCGCCGCUACUGCCGCUGCCGCUCCUAUCGAUGACCUCCCCAAAUUCGACGGCGAUACCAGUCGACGGUAUAUCUUCGUGGCGAAGGACGUCUCGAAAGAACUAAAAGCUAGGCAUCCAAAUAUAGAGGUGUAUGUUUCAAAACAGAUUGGGAUCGCAUUCAAUAUGAGAAAAGGAACACAAGUGGUGCUAGCUCCAGUCGACCACCUCGCUCCAGCUGUCGAGGCCUCCCAUGUCGAGCUCUCCUUCAAGGAUAUGUACUUGUCGCGUGCGGAUAUGUGGAGGCUCGCUGUCGCCGACUUGGCCGAUAGGACCGUGUACAAGGGCCAGUUCUUAUACUUCCUCGGAACAAUUAAAGCAACCGUGAGUACUGUGUUUGUGGAAGGUCGCAAAGUUCAAUCCGCCUUCUUCGGUCGCAAUACCCGCCCUAUUUUUCGAAGCGAGUCGGCUAGAUAUGUAUUAUUCCUACAAAUGGCACGGGAGAUGUGGGACUUUGACUCGGAUGGAUCAGGCGAGAUUAUGUUUUACAAAGUUGUAAACGGCUUCCUACCAGCUCUAUUUAAGAAAUGGGCCUUGCUCCAAGUUAAACACUUGGUCAGUAUUGUACUCUUUGCAAGAGUUGAGUAUGAUACUGGGUUAACAACGGAAUUGGCAAAUUCUACCCUUCAUGAUGAUUACUAUACUGGCUUCCAAACCUCCGGAGACCGGCGUCCAUAUAAGGAUUUCUAUCGUGUUGUUGUGAGUGAGAUGUCUAGCGGGGAAUGGACCAAAAUUUUGCAUCAACUCAAGAUGGAGUUUAACGUCUUUCGACGCGAUAUUAGCCUCCACCACCGAGAGGCUAUGAAUGAUGCUAUGGAAAUCCCUGAAGAUGCCUCUGCGAGAGGUACAUCCACCGGCAAGAUCAAGGCACAGUCUUCUUUGGCUAUGCAUGGGAACUUUCUCGAGGCUAUUAACCUAGCGUCGUCUCUAUAUGCACAUGAUUACGUAGAUCGAGAUCUGCUGCGCACCGGCAUAUCCAUAGUCGUUAUAAGUCCCGGCCCCGGCGUCUUCGAAGUCGAAUACGAGUCCCUGCGACGAACAACAGAAGCUCUCGUUGGGAACGGAAUCGGUAUUGAUCUUAUAUGUAUCCCGAAUAUUCCGUUACAUUCCGUCCCCCUAUUUCGUUAUCGAAAUCCUCACUUCCUUGAGGCGCACCAAAGAACACAAGCCCGAUCAGUUAGGAGUCGCGAGAGCACGCCGAAACAGCCGACACCCUUAGCCGGCAGUUACACAACGCUUGGCGAAUCCGUAUCCCCUACGAAGGCCGCUGACUCGUCUAGUCGAUUGGAAUCUGCAAGUUCUACAUUGUUCACUGAUGAAUGGGCCUUUGCAGUACCACAGUGGCUACAUAUUUCUUACUGGACUGGGAAGUCAGAAGAAGCUCUGUCAUUCCAGGGCAUUACCUUGUCUGCUUCGGCCCAAUCUCCGAAUGACUGCCAAGAUGAUUUUACAAUUCGCUGUAGACUUUACGAUCUGCAAAUGAGAUCCGUACUUGAGACUAAUGAAAUCGAGACGACCCCAUUACAUGCCGAUCCAGUAUACUCGAGCACUAUUGGCAAUCUUCACAAGGAAAGGAAGUUACUAGGUAGUGGUCAUCGCCAGUUGUCGUCCAUUGGCAUUCGAAAGGUACCUGAAGCUUUGUUCGAACAUGUUUAUGGUUUCUCCAAGUUUAUCCCAGACAAGAUGGCGAAGGCCGGAGAUACAUUGCUGUGGAAACAAUUGCAAAAUUUCGACGAAUCGAGGGCUCGGCUUCCAGCACACCGGCCUCUACCAUCGACUCACCCCUACCGAGAACUUGAAGAAAGUGCCGGGAAACAAUUAGUGGAAGAUGCUAGUCUUUUUGGUACUUCUGUAGGGGAUCUUAAAGUAAGCGGGCCGCCAACCGUGUUAUCAUCUAGCAUUGCGUCGUCGAGUAGAGUCGGGCUAGAAGGAUCUGUACCCACUGUGGCUUCUCGACGCAAUUCUUCUACUCAAUCGAGGCCACCUUCAACAAGACCCCCUAAGUUUAUGAGACAAAUCAGUCUGGGUCAUCGCGGAUUUGGUAUUGCCGCUCCUAAAGUUGCGACAGCUGAAGUGAGGGCGGAGAAUGCGACUCGGGUGGAAACCACCGGAUCGGCAACCAAUACCACUUCGAGUCCCAGGUCAAGCCCGAUGACGCCCAUUAAAACCGCGACACGACCAGGAUCUUCAAAGGCAGCAAGCACAGGGAAUAUUCGGCAAAUCAAUGAGCUAUCUGAAUCAGCAGCAGACUUCGGCCCGUCAACACCCAGUCGUCCUAUUCAAAUUAGAAACCCUAUACAAACUCUAGAUCCUAUCAGCACGCUGAGAUCUGGUCAAAUACCAGCUACACCCAUUGCUAGAAGUGCGCGGCCUGAUGACCGAGAUCUCAGAUAUUCAAACGCCCUUAGAGAAGAGGAUCAGAAGAGAUUAUAUAAUUCAAAGCUGAGAGCAGGAGGUGUACCAGAAUUACCGUCCACACUCUCGCCUACUACUGCUAUGGCGCCGUGGUUAGUGGUGCUCAACCCAUCGAAUCCCAAUGCAAAUAAAGUCGAUGAUUCGGUCUUAUUUAGUCGAUGGCAACAUGUGUUUCCACGACCAUCCGAGAUGAGAGUUAUGAAAUGGAAAUCAUUAUCCUGCCCUGCAGCCGUUCCGUUGACAACAGAAUAUUUCCCAACACAAGCUCAAUUCAAUACCGAAUACCAACGACAACCUUACACUAUUUCGCAAGAGGUAGAUGACGAAGUCAUUGAACAAACAAAAUCGCGCGCUGAAUUUCUUAGAGAGCUGGUCAGUGCUCGCUUUGCGCAUGGGUUCCAAGUUGUGAUCGGCCCAUCGGUAGCUAAGGCGUUUGACCAAAAAGCCAUAAGAAUCGCCGAUGUCUUCUCUAUAGACAAAACCAUCGGCGAUGGGACAAGCAUAUUCAUGAGCGUUGGUAAUACAAUUCACCAACUAUCGUGUGUUAACGGCACAGAAGUUGAAGUGAACAUCUAUGUGCGGAAACCAACGGAGCCUCUACCCCACAUAGGCCCGUCAUCUGCAUAUAGACCAGCAAUUCGUACCCUGCUCGAUAAUACGUAUCAUAGUAUUGAUGUUGACAUUAUGACCCCUAAACCCGAACGUAAUUGGAAUUAUAUAGAUUCGUAUCUUGCUGGACACACGGAUGAGAUGACCGAAAACCUUAGGUUUUGGCGUGCUCGGUUCGUGCUUAUACCGAUGUACCCACGAACGUCGUCGUCAGUCCCGGCAGCAAAGAAUGAAGACGAUGAGGAGGAGAUUCGUCUUGAGGGCAUCAAAAGACUAGCCCAAUUAUGGCAACGGCAUCGAUUCUUAUCAUCUUCCGAACGUCAGUUUCAAAGCGUUGGCGCAAAGAAGCGCGACCCCAACCCUCUUGAUAUUACCUACAAGACAGAGGACCCUUCAGUGGUGAUUGCCGCAGAGAUGGAGACACUUCCGAUAUUUGAGAGUGUCGAGACAUCUCAUCGCAAGGGCCUAGUAUCGGAUAAGGAGCGGUUCUCCAAGUCAAAUUUCAAUGUUGCGACUCUGGCUGAAGCAAUUCAACAACCCGUCGAAUUAGGAGGAAUACGAAUGCAAACGCGGCGGUGGCAUUUCCGAAUUCAUUAUCACUGUUUUAUCGGAUCUGACAUGACUACAUGGUUACUCGACAAUUUUGAAGAUCUCGAAAGCCGAGAAGAAGCCGUCGAGCUUGGAAAUUCCCUAAUGGUUCUAGAGGAGGACAAAUCUAAGGAUAAAGACAAGGAGGCUAGCAAAGACGCGAAGAAAGAUCGUGAUCGUGGCAUCUUCGUACACGUUGAGAGGAGACAUCCUUUCCGUGAUGGUCAAUUCUUCUAUCAAAUUGUUAGCGAGUAUGCGAAACCUCACCCACUUGGCUGGUUCAAUGCGAGGAGAAAAGAUGUUUCAGUCCCAUCUACACCUCUAUCAGAAAAUCCGCCCAAAGGUUCGCCAAGACCCAACCAGAUAGGAAUGCAGAAACCGAUGUCAAUUCAUGAAGAAAAUUCUCCAAUAUCAGGAAGUACGACGCCAACAUUGGCAACGACUAGCGGGAAAAGGCCCAAAGUUAUUCUGAGCAAAAUGAUGAAGUAUGAUGUUGACCAUCGGAAAAAAUCCUACCGGCCGGAGAGGAUCAACUUGCAUUAUGACCGCCUUCAUAAUCCUGACAAUUGCUACCAUAUUCGUAUCGAUUGGAUGAACGUUACGGCGAAGCUCAUUGAGGACACACUCAAAUCCUGGGCAGCGAUAGCGGCACAACAUGGACUCCGUCUUGUCGAAGUACCUAUUGCAGAGGCUUGUCGUAUCAGCGAUGUAAACCCGUUCCGAAGGCCCUAUCGCGUCAGACUUGCACUGCCUCCUCCUGCGCAGCGUCCUGUAACAUACUACGACCCUAAUUCUUUUGGGCCACAAGUGCAGCCAGGCAAAUACUACUAUCAAAAAGCCCUACUGAGAAAAUUCGAUUACGUACUUGACGUCGAGGCGGCCUCCAACUUUCCCAAUAACGUGGAUGUCAGCUAUUCAUGGGGCAAGCCUGAUUUCAAAUACUCACAAUAUAUCCAUCGUUCGGGCAUGACAUUGGCGGAGAUAACGGAUGAAGGUGACUUUCUCCUCUUAGCGAACAGGUUGUACAGCAAUCGGGCAGCUGGUUUCCAGCCGGCUCAGGCACGGUCCGAGGCCGCCCCCAAUGAGCGCGUUUCACGGCUUAUGAAUACAACUGCGUAUACGAAUUAUGGAUUGGCGGAGCCUACACCGAUAUCAUCGCCAAUGUUUAGACCCGUGCUCUUUGCAUCCGCUGCAUCCCGAGCGCCACCUGAACCAUCCGUUAGUGGGAUGACCGGGCAGAAAAGCUGCCCACCAGCGUCUGCUGGUUUGGGCGAACCCGAAGCCCUCAAAGAAACGCUUGAAACAUUUUGUAGCGACGUAAAAGCUCUCGAAGCAUUUUAUAAGGAGACGUUGGAGAAAGGUAUUACGGGCACACCUAUGGCCGGAGCGGCCCCACUGGGUCCUGAGGCCGUGCCUGAUGCCAGUAUCCCGACUUUGGUACUUGGAAGCAGUAAUAAUACUUCUGAGUUAGGUGCAAGUCAUAGUCCUAGAGUGCCUACGCCUAACUUGGCCGGCUCGCUGCUCUUUAGACGUGGGAGCAUUCAGCAUUAGACGAUUACGGCCUAACACAAAAUCAGGAUAUAUCGUGAUUUGAGACUAGAUCUCCAAUGAACAACAAAGAAAGAGACUGAGACAUAUCAUUCUCUUUUCCAGCGGUGAGACGUUUUGAUGUCCAAAAUGUCUCUAAUUUACGAAGUACUCUAGAAGGAUUACAAUAAAUUCUUUGUUCCAA